AUGAUUAAUCUGUCUACUGAUGAAAACCUAAACUUUAUAAUAAACGUAUUGGAACAGACUGUAGAUGAAUUAAAGUCCAAUGUCAAUCGAUUGAAAUUGUUUAUAAAUGUCAAAAAGGAAAACGCUUUAUUGAAUAAAAUUUACAAGUAUCUUUCAGAAACAGAAGGGUCGGAAAUUAUCAAGUUCAAGUUUCCACUGAAAAUAGACAAAUGCAAUGUACCUUCCAUGUACUAUUCAGUUUUAUCCGAUAACAAACACGAUUUAGAACUUAAUAAUAUCACCAAAGAGCACAAAAAUAUCACUACAAAGACAGAAACUUCCAGAAGUUGCAGUCCAAUUUCAAACCUUAAAAGUGCGUUGUUUGGCAUUACUGGAUUUUGUAACAAUGCAAAUUUCACCCCUGCAACAAAUGAAGUCAAUACACUCGAGCUGCCUGAACUUGAAAGACAGGUGGAGCCAAUUGAUGAUGACGUUUCAUCUGUUGAAAAUUUUGCCCAGUUUAACGAACUUGGCUACCAGACUUUCUCAAAAUUGAACAAUUUAAGCUCUUUAAAUCAACUAAGGUCGGUAAAGUCUGACUCAUUUUGCACAAUUAAUGAGACUGAUGUACUGAAUUCAUCGGGUACAGAUGAUGUCGAAUUUUAUAGCGAAAAUGACGACCCACCCCUGACCAAAAGAAUUAUUCCAGAUUGCAUAAUAUUCAAUGUUAUGUAUCAAAAAGAAAAGUUAUUCUUGACCGAGUUUAUUAAUACCUGUGGGGAGGCCAUUAGCACCUUCAAUCGGAUAAUCAAUGAUACGAAUAAAUUCAAAAUUGUCAUCAAAAAUGAAUUGAAAGGUAUUAUGUCGGGAUAUAAUAUAAGGGAUAAACAAUGGAGCAAAGUCCGGGCCAAUCUGAUCAAAAAUGGCAAAUACCUGGAGUUGUGCUUGGGGAACUCAAAGGGCCCUUAUAAAAUUGAGGGGGAUACACCAGGUAUUGUCAAUGGGCUUGGCGUGAAAUCCAUUCUGGCCUAUAUUCGCUACACCAAUAUUGAGCGGGAGUGGCAGCAAGUUAUAAGAAAAGCCAAGGUCUUCAUAAUGCAACUGGGGCGAUCAUUUUUUAAAUUGUUCAAUGACUUUGUUAAGUACUACAAUGAUAAGGUAUACAAGCCAUCUUGCAAAAUUCUCAAGCUAUUUGCAGCUCUAGCAGAGCGUAACGAGCUAUAUAGUAUUCAUAGUACGUUUAGUGAUGACAUAUACAACGAAUCACUUAUAAAGACCUUAUCAAAGCAACACAUUGAAAACAUUACCAAGCUACGAAAGUUGAGGACGCUGCUAGCCAAAUACUUUGCAUUACGUUCAGAAAAGCUGGGAAUUGAGUCGCAUCUUGGCUCAACCAUACCCUCAUUUCCCGUCGCCGGUGUUGACAUAUCAUUCUUCUUCUUUGGCCUGCAUACCUACUACAAAUUGCACAAAACGAAUCUUUCAGAACGUAGAGAUAGAACACUUAAUUCUGUUACGAACUCUCCCCAAUUAUCAUCUUCCAACUCGUCUUGUGCCAAUAAUGCUACUUCAAAUGCUAAUAGUCAACCUUGCGCCACUGUGGCGGAGUUACCUAAUUUCAAUGAAUUUGGUCAAUUUCCCCCCUUUGUCAAAGUGCUUGUUGAUGUAAUGAAACCUUUUAAGGAGGUUUUACCAGACGACUUAACCAAAAUCCUCAAUCAACUCAACAAACCAAAUGAACAUGACAAUGGGAAGAAAGAUACAACAAGUGAAGAAGCUGAGACAGAGGCAAGUGAAACUAUGGAUAAGAUGGCAGCGAAUGCCUUAGGGUGGCUGGAAACGAACGAUGAUACUACCCACGCUGUAAAUUGUGUGGGCAUGCGCUUGGUGAAUAAGUGGCUAGAUAAAGCCUUUUACAACAUUUCCAACAACGCUCUCGGGGAUAACGUGAAAGAAUAUUCUAAGUGUUAUAAAUUCCAGGCUAUUGCUAGAUUGUGCUAUCAUCAUAGUUACUUAAAUAUGAAUUUCAACAAAGGGGAUAUCGUCAAGGUGUAUGAACCGGUGGGGGAUAUUUGGUGGGGAAGUUUUAAAGGUUUAGAUGGGCCUUUUCCAGCAAAAUGUUUGGACACUAGAUGGAUAAUGGGACUUCAAGUAGAUUAUGAGAAGAAGACUGAGUUAGAUGUGUAUAUUACGACUCCAAGUGAUGAUAUUGCAUACCCUAGCGAUAUUAACGAUGUUGGCAUUUCAUUGUUUGACAAAUUUAACAUACCUGAAAAUUGCCUUGGAUCAUUUCCUUGUGCUUUACACAAAAAAAUCCUUUUACAAGGUAGGUUAUAUAUUUCAAAGAGCUACUUAGCCUUCAGUUCACACUUCAACGAUAGCACAUUGUUUGGUGAGGCAACAAUUCUAACUGUACCAAUAGCUUCCAUUAAAAAUGUCAGAAAGGGCAGCAAAAAAAUCUUUUCCCAAUCUAUAGAGGUGGAUUGCGUCCACAAUGUUUAUAUAUUUUCAUCUCUCAUUAGUCGGAACAAGGUACUGGACUUUAUCAAUUUGUUGAUAAAGUUGAAGUCACCAGAAGUCAGUAAUAAAAUGAAUUUGGUGUACGAACCCAAACCAAAUAACGUGAAUUUGAUUGUUCCCGACGAAUUAAAGAAAUUUGAUCUGUUUAAAGAUGGUUACAACCAACUCGAGCACAUGGCUUUUUAUCUAACAACUCCCAUGCUCAUUGAGGAUGUUUUCAGCCUCCUUUUCGAUUUAUCCCAGCCGCCUCACCGCAGCGUUCGAGAGAUGUUGAAAUACGACAAUUUUUUCUAUUCUGUGGAAGAUGGGAUAAAAGUGGACGCUCUUCAGGAUUCUGAUGGAUUGAAGAUCAAUUUUACCAGCAUAUCACCCAGUGUCACAAAGAGGACGCUAUUUUAUUGUAUAGAGGUCAAGCAAAGUUCUUUUAAUCAGAUGUUGGGUGUACCAACCAAGGGCAAUGUCAUCGAGACUAUUACCGUCUACUUUAUUGACGAUUCAAAUGUUCUAAUUGAGAGUGAUACCAGAAUAUCAGGUUUACCAUUUUCUGAUUCAUUUCACAAUAAGUGGCAUAUUUUACUUAAGAGUCAAGGGCAGAUAACCUCCAUAUCGGGGUAUUACCAAGUUUUCAUUGACCACUGGAUCCCAUUCUCUAACAAGGUUUUGAAUGAGGCACAGAGUGGUGUUAAACAGGCUUUGGAAUGCUUUGCGGAUUCUUCUUAUCAGAAAAUGUCUACUUGA